UGUUAGCAGCCGCAGUUUUGAUCAGACGGGAUAGAGACAUACGGCCUUGGCCAUUCUUCUGCUCAAAGUCUGGCAGCCUGUUGAUCUUUCGAUAGGCCUUUUGCACGGCGCGAUUAAAUCCCGGGGAUCGGAUGAGCUUGGAAGAGUCAGCAACUGGAGCGGUGUGUGGCAGCAAAGGGAUUAUCGACGUGCCUUUGCGACGGCCCAAGCCUGUUCCGAGCUGUCAGUUUGAUAUGUCUGUUUCGUUUGGACAUGGCACAUACCUCGAAGAGAGCAAACCAAGGUGCAACCAUGGCGUAUUCAAUGUGGCAUUCACAGGUGGCAGUAGCUGCUACGGCAAAGUAGCAGGUGUACGCAGGCGUUGCGUUUGUUGGCCGAGGGAGGAUGGUGGCGACGGCGUGCGGGUGUGGUGGGUGUGGUGGACGCAGGGCGCGGAAACAACCAGAUGGACAGGGAAUGGGCCUGCCAGCAAUUGUGACACGACGACGGCGCCUGACGUUUGCAAGUGGAUCCCCACUCCAGCAAUUGUUUCCUCUGCUGUGCUACAAAGUGCUGCGCUCCAGACAUGACAUGCAUAUCACCUGGCCCACGGCUACAUUUUUCCAUCCGUCGCUGACACCCCCGCCAGCUGCUCCACUACGAGGCUCGCCUGCAGCCCCUCGUCGUCUAGACCAUCUUUCGCUCGACCUGGUUCUUGGACACUACACUACUACCAUCGCAGCAGACAUCGACCUAGGGAGGCCCCGGACCCCCACGAGUAGUCGCACACGUGUCAGUGGAGGCAUAACAUCUGCCGCACUCCACUCUCCAGCCUAUCUUUCCUUUCUUGGGCGCGCCACGACCUGCACCUAACCGUCUCCCGUCACCAUUCCGUCUUCAAACUUUCCUGUCCCUCCAUUGCCAGAACCCGAAUCAUCCCACCACAGCACCGCA